AUGGAAGCUGAAGGAGAAGGAAGGGGUAAGAAGAAAAAAGAAGAGUUUUUAGAUAUAAUAUUUUCAUGGUCUCUUGAUGACAUUCUCAACCAAGAUCUUUACAAAUCCCAGGUGGAUAAAAUACCACUUACUUUUGAUUCGGAACAACAGUAUUUCAGUUCUUUUGUUAAUCCUUUGCUUGAGGAAACACGUGCUGAACUAGCUUCCUCUUUGGAGAUCAUACAUAGAUAUCCAUCUGCUCGCGUUUUCUCUAUUCACGAGGCCAGGCACGAUGGAAAAGCUGUGUAUGAUGUUAAAGUUGGUCCCUGGAGAAACAGAUCUUUUGAAUGUGGCAAACCGCCUUACCAGACGUUACCUGGUGAUCUUCUCAUUUUCAUGAAUGGAAAAGCAGAAACUGUUUCUGAUUUGCAACGAAUAGGAAGAACAUGGGCUUUUUCGUUAGUUAGCAAAAUCACAGAGAGUGAUAAUGAAGAUGAUUCUGAAGCUACACCAUCACGAUUUACAGUUAAAGCCUCACAACCUCUUAAAUUCCAAGAUGGGAUGUUUGUCGUUUUCCUAAAAAAUAUUAAAAUCCAGACCAGGAUUUGGGAUUCUUUGCACAUGAAUGGAAAUUUAAACAUCAUUAAAGCGGUUCUUGGCCCUGAUUCUAUGGUUAAGGAGACUUGCAAUGCUUGUUCUUUUGAUUUCAAUAGUCUUUAUUCUCAAAAUAAAAAUGUAUUGGAUAAGCUUAACGAAUCACAAAGAGCAGCAGUUAUGGUCUCUCUUGUUAAAACAGAAUGUUGUCACCAUUCGUAUGUGGAACAAAUACGGGGACCACCUGGAACAGGAAAAACAACAACAGUUAGUGUUUUGCUAUUAAUUCUCAUGCAAAUGAAUCGUAGGACUCUUACUUGUGCUCCAACAAACGUUGCUCUAUUACAACUAGCUUCAAGAGUGCUAAGUUUAGUUAAGGAAUCAUUUAAAACUACAACUGCAAAUGGUGAUUCCUUUUGUUCUUUCGGAGACAUUCUUUUAUUUGGCAGCGAGGAGCAGUUAAAAGUUGGUGUGGAGAUGGAAAAUAUAUAUUUGGAGCAUCGGGUCGAAAGGCUUACAGAGUGCCUUGGGUCUUCGACUGGUUGGAAGCAUUGCAUCAGGUCUAUGAAUGAUUUACUUGAAAAUUGUGUGUCUCAGUAUUAUGUCUUUCUAGAAAAUCAGUUGUUCAAAGAAACCCAAAUGGCAAAUGAAAAUCAUAAUCAAAGUGAAAGUGAAAGUAAAACUAACAAGCUGCAAGUGAAAUCAUUCCUUGAGUUUCUGCAAGAUCGAUUUAGUUCUUCUGUAAUGACACUUAGAAGAUGCAUUCUUACAUUCUUGACUCAUGUCCCAAUAAGUUUCAUGAAGGAAUACAUUUUUUAUAGCAUGAUACAUCUUUUGGAUAACUUGAGUUCAUUUGAAUCAUUCUUGUUUGAAGAAAAUUUGGUUUCAGAAGAACUCGAGCACCUCUUCACAUCUAAACCGUUUCCUAAUGAGUCGGAGGAUAUGUCGUCGAUUAAUUCUGUAAGAGCCGUGUCUAUAUUCGUUCUAAGAAGUUUGCGGAUAUCCCUUGAAAAACUAGGUCUUCCAGAUGAUGUAAGAAGACAUGUAAUAGAGGACUUCUGUUUCGAAAGAGCUUCUCUAGUAUUUUGCACAACAUCGAAUUCCUACAAGCUGCAUAUGGUUGCAAUGAAGCCUUUGAACAUUUUGGUCAUAGAUGAAGCUGCACAGUUAAAGGAGGCGGAGUCCACUAUUCCUCUUCAGCUUCCUGGGAUGAAGCAUGCUAUUCUCAUUGGAGAUGAGUGUCAAUUACCUGCAAUGGUUACAAGCAAUGUAUGUUUUGAAUCUGGCUUUGGACGAAGCUUAUUUGAGAGACUGAGUUUUGUAGGCCAUUCUCGGUAUCUACUAAACGUUCAGUAUCGAAUGCAUCCUUCCAUCAGUUUCUUCCCUAAUUGGAGGUUCUAUCAAAAUCAGAUCCUUGAUGCAGAAAAUGUGUUAUGUGAAAGUUGUGAAAAGCAAUAUCUCCCAGGACCAAUGUUUGGUUCAUAUUCAUUUAUAAAUAUUGUUGGAGGAAGAGAAGAAAAGGAUGAUAAUGGACAGAGCAAAACAAAUAUGGUUGAGGUGGCUAUCGUGAUUAAGAUACUACAAAAUCUCUAUAAAGCAUGGAAAGACUCGAAGAAGAAUCUUACUGUAGGUGUUGUGUCUCCUUAUGCUGCCCAAGUUGCUAUGAUUCAAGAAAAACUUGCUCACAAGUAUGAGAAACUUGAUGGAUUUUUAGUAAAAGUGAAAUCCAUUGACGACUACCAGGGUGGGGAAGAAGAUAUUAUUAUUUUAUCAACGGUCAGAUCUAAUAGCCGUGGAUCUGUUGGAGUCAUGUAUUGUCCACAAACGGCUAAUUUUGUCCUCACCAGAGCAAGACAUUGUCUAUGGAUAUUGGGAAACGAAAGAACUCUGACUAGGAGCAAAUCUGUAUGGGAAGAAUUGGUUUAUGAUGCAAGAAAUCGCCAUUGUUUGUUUGAUGCUGAUUCUGAUGAAUGCUUAAAGAUGACAGUUAUAAAAACAAAGAAAGAGCUAGAGCAAUUCGAUGAUCUAGUUAACGAAAAUAGUAUCCUUCUUAAACAUGCAAAAUGGAAGGUCCUGUUCAGCGACGACUUCAGAAGAUCAUUUGGAAAGCUGACUACUGCUCGAUCAAAGAAGCUUGUUUUAAAUCUUUUAUUGAGACUCUCUGGUGGCUGGCGGCCCAAAAACCGGAGUGUAGACUUGCAUUGUGUAAAAUCCUCACAUAUUUUGAAACAGUUUAAGGUUGCAGGGUUAUAUGUUAUGUGCACAAUUGACGUCAUUAUGGAAUUCAAUUAUGUACAAGUUUUGAAGGUUUGGGAUGUAUUACCUUUUGAAGAGAUUCCAAAACUCACAAAGCGUCUUGAGAACAUAUUUUCUGCAUACACGGAUGAUUAUAUUAAUCGUUGUACUGAAAAAUGCGUGGAGGGGAAUUUGGAAGUUCCUAAGAGCUGGAUGGCAUCUGAAGAAGUUAUACGAUUUUGUUUUGUAAGGAAUCCUGAACCAAGAUCUUGUGAUGGUAAAAGCCAUGUUGAAAACUCAAAAGUGAAUGAAAGCUUGUUGCUUAUGAAGUUCUACCCCUUGUCAGAUGGAGUGGUGAAACAUUUGCUGUCUGAUAAAGAACAACUUGAUCUACCCAUGCAAGUCAGUGAUGAACAAAUGGAAAUUAUUUUAUUUUCCAAAAGUUCUUUUAUAAUUGGGCGUUCAGGAACCGGAAAAACCACUAUAUUGACUAUGAAGUUGUUCCAAAAUGAAGAGUCUUUUUAUGUUGCUUCUGAUGGGAUUUCUGAAGGGGGGAGGAACUGUAUCAGUGAUUCAGAAGUUGAUGAAUCUAAAGGCAGAAAACCAAGUGUUCUCCGACAACUUUUUGUGACUGUUAGCCCAAAUUUGUGUCAUUUUGUGAAGCAACACGUUUCCCACCUUACAAGUAUUUCAUGUAAUGGAAAUACAUCAUUAGAGGUCAAUCUUGAUGAUCCCGACUUGAUAUCAGAUUUCAGUGAUAUCGCAGACACAUUUAUUGACAUUCCAGUGAAAAAUUACCCCCUUUUUAUAACAUUUCAUAAAUUUCUAAUGAUGUUGGAUGGCACAUUGGGGAAUUCUUUCUUUGAAAGGUUUCCAAAGACAAGAGAAGCUUCUCAUGGUAACCAUACAAGUUCAAGAUCCGUUGCAUUGCAAACUUUUUUAAGAUUAAGGGAGGUUACAUAUGACAGAUUUUGUACACUUUACUGGCCUCACUUUAACUCAAGUCUAACGAAGAAACUUGAUCCCUCUAGAGUGUUCACAGAAAUUAUAUCUCACAUAAAAGGAGGCUUGCAUGCAGGGGAAUGCAGUGACGGAAAACUAACUUAUGAGGGUUACUGUUUAUUGGCUGAAAGUCGUUCGUCCACUUUAACAAAACAGAAAAGGGAAAGUAUUUACUACCUUUAUCAAGCAUAUGAGAAGAUGAAAAGUGAGCGAGGUGAAUUUGAUUUGGCUGAUUUAGUGUGUGACCUCCAUCAACGACUUACAAAUGGACGUUAUGAAGGCGACAUUAUUGAUUUUGUGUAUAUUGAUGAAGUUCAAGAUCUUAGUAUGAGGCAGAUUUCCCUUUUCAAAUAUAUAUGCCAAAAUAUCGACGAGGGCUUUAUUUUUGCGGGUGACACUGCACAAACCAUUGCCAGAGGGAUUGAUUUUAGAUUCCAGGAUAUACGUUCUCUGUUCUAUAAAGAGUUUUUAACUGAGAGAGUAACUGGAAAACAAGAAAAAGCUCUUGUAUCUGAGGUUUUCCAACUAAAACAGAACUUUCGAACUCAUGCCGGUGUCCUUGAGUUAGCCCAGAGUGUUAUUGACAUUCUUUACUGUUACUUUGUUCACGCAAUUGAUAUUUUGGAGCCCGAGACUAGUCUUAUAUCUGGUGAAGCACCUGUUUUGCUCGAGUCUAGUGAUAAUGAAAAUGCAAUUGUGACGAUCUUUGGGGGCAGUGGAAGUGGUGGAGAAAUAGUCAGCUUUGGGGCGGAUCAAGUGAUAUUGGUGUGUGAUGAUUGUGUUAAGAUUGAGAUUUCGGAAUAUGUUGGAAAGAAUGCACUUGUUCUCACCAUACUGGAGUGUAAAGGCCUUGAAUUUCAGGAUGUAUUGUUGUACAACUUUUUUGGGACAUCCCCAUUGAAAGACCAAUGGAGAGUAAUAUAUGGCUACAUGAAGGAGCGGGAUUGGCUUGAUGAGAAUCUUCCUCAGUCUUUCCCGACAUUCAGUGAGGCAAGACAUAGCGUCUUGUGCUCUGAAUUGAAACAGUUAUAUGUGGCUAUAACUCGAACGAGGCAAAGACUGUGGGUAUGUGAGAAUAAAGAGGAGCUUUCCAAGCCAAUAUUUGACUAUUGGAAAAGGAGGGGACUUGCUCAAAUAAGAAAACUAGAUGAUUCAGUGGCACAGGCAAUGCGAGUCUCAAGCAGCCCUCAAGAAUGGCGAGAGCGUGGUAAAAAGCUUUUUUAUGAGAACAACUUUGUGAUGGCAACCAUGUGCUUUGAAAGAGCUGGUGACACAAUGUGGGAGAAAUUGGCCAAGGCUUCUGGUCUCAGAGCAUCUGCUGAUCAGAUGAGGGGAAAGAAUCCUGAAGCUUAUUUGUGCUAUCUCAGAGAAGCAACAGAAUUGUUUGAGUCAAUUGGGAAAUUCGAGUCUGCCGCUUCAUGUUAUUGUGAUUUGGAGGAGUAUGAAAGAGCUGGGAAAGCUUACUUAUAUAAGUGCCGAAAAACUAAUACAGCAGCAGAGUGUUUCACCCUGGCAGGAUGCUAUAGCGAUGCUGCUGAAGCCUAUGCCAAAGGAGAUCAGGUCUCCAACUGUUUAUCAGUUUGCAUAAAAGGGAAACUUUUUGAUAAGGGGUUGCAGUAUAUAGAGUACUGGAACAAGCACUUAACCGUUAGAACGAAAGAAAUAGAACAAACUGAACAAAGAUUUUUGGAGAGUUGUGCUCUUGACUGCUAUGAACAUAAAGAUCUUAAAUCUAUGAUGAAAUUUGUAAGAGCCUUUUGCUCCAUGGAGUCUAAGCAUGUAUUCUUGAGGUCUUUAGGCUGCCUUGAUGACCUUUUAUCUUUAGAGGAAGAAUCAGGCCAUUUUCUUGAUGCUGUUGAGCUGGCUAGGUCUUUGGGUUAUGUUCUAAAAGAGGCUGAUUUGUUAGAGAAGGCUGGACAUUGUAGGGAGGCUGCGCUUCUCUUACUUUGGUAUGUGUGUUUUAGCUCGUUAUGGGAAAACGGAGGUAGAGGUUGGCCAUUGAAGCAGUUUAGUAAGAAGGAAGAUCUUUGUGAGAAAGCAAGGUCGCUUGCAAAAUUGACCUCUGAUCAUUUCUUUGAUUUUGUUUGUAACGAGCUUGAGGUACUCUCUGACCAGCAUAGUAGUUUGCCCGAGCUCAUGAAAGUUUUACUCACUUCCCAGAAAAAUAAGAGUCUAAGAGGAGAAAUCUUAUCCGUAAGGAAAAUCUUGGAUUCUCAUUUUCAUAUACAUUUCUCGAAGUACUUUUGGGAGGAUGAUUUACCUUCUGAUUUUACUGAGCAUUGUGAGAACAGAAUCUUUCAGAGCUGUGUUUCUGUUAGAACUCUAGUUUUUUAUUGGAAUCGGUGGAAGGCAAAUGUCAUGAUUAUCUUUCAGAGCAUCAAAUGUCUUGUAAAUGAAGAGCCCAAUAAACACGAGGAACUUGCUGAUUUUAGUAUAAGUUAUUUUGGAGUGAGGAAACAGUGUGUAAAUGGAAACAUGGUUUACCUUUUAGUCAACAAGGAUGGUGAUUGGAUAAGAACUGCGGGUAAUAACAGUCUUCAUUGUGAAGGAGAGCUUAUAUUUAUGAAUAUAAGUCAGUUGGUGUGUGCCAUUAGAUCUUACUGGCAGUCAGAAUUACUUUCUGUGGGUAUGAAAGUACUUUUAAAGCUAGAAAGUCUCUACAAGUCAAAGUCAAAUGGUUCAGCAUUUCAUCAAAGCACGUCUCUCGUACACAUUUUUGAGGUUUCCAAGUUUCUUUUGGACUGCCAGUGUCUUAACCUCGCUUCUUCUGACAAAAAGAAACUGCAGAGUUACCUUGGAAUCUCUGCACGAUACUUUGAUCAUGUAUUUCCAUUAGACUGGCGAAGAUCAGUCUGUGAGGAUAUGGUUUCUUUAAGGUUGACUGAUCUAUCACUCAACUUGCUUGAUGAGAUUAUUCUUCAAAAUGUGAACAACAACGGUAAUAUCUCCUAUUGGACAAUCGGGAGAGUGAUGAUGGUAUGUCUUUGUUCCAGAAAAUCUGUUACACUUAAUGAGAUGAUUAUGAAGGGGCUUCAGUGGGCUCCCAAAUGGACGUCAGCUGCAGAAGUCUGGAAUUCUGAGGUGAGAGACAUGGCAUUUUUUCCAAUGUUUAAGAGUGCUUUGAUAGAUACUUUUUGGUCAGGCCGGGUGCGUGUUGGCUGCAUAUCACCUCAUUGUUUUGUGUAUCUUUUGGAUCGGGUGUUUUUUGUGGAGUCGUAUUUUUAUAAAACCCUUUUCACUAAGAAGUCUUCUUUUGUUGGUUGGUUCACUCAUCUUCACCCAACAGAUAAACCGGUACUCCCUGCUGUAUUUCUAAGGUUUAAUGUUAAGUCUUAUCUUGAAAUUAUCGAAGAGAUUCUUUCCAAUAAAGAGGAUACUGAAUCUUGGAUUCAAAGAUCAAACAUGGAGGUCUCUUAUUACUACCCUCUUUUAGUGUUGCAACUGGUGAUGAUGGUUACUUUAGCUUGUCUGCAAGAGCCCUCUUUUUCUGAAAAGUUAUUUAAUCUGCUCACGGGAAGCGACAACAUUGCUAGUUUGCUUCCAGAGAAGUUUGUGGACCACCUUUUAUGCAAAAAGAAGGGUGACGACUGGGACCUAUGUCCACAAAUGGUUGCAGAAGCAUUUAUUAGCGUAGAAGAUCCUCUCUUGAUUGUGAGUACAGAAAAGCCGCAUUCAGAAUUCAAUGCUCCCGAUGCUAUAUUUGUAGACCUUGAGAAAUCCAAACAGGAGAUAGCUAGUGCAUUGUUCCCUGGGAAAGCUGUAGUUAUUUCUCAAUUUCCUUCAAACAUUGAGGAACAUGUGCCGCUUCGUGAAUCCGAGGAAAAGUGUGCAAAGGAUGACAAUAAGAAAUUACUUUUCAGCUUUUUAGAACAAUUGCAACCACCCUCUGCAGUUGAGGAGGUAAAGAGGAUUAUUUCUUCUGCGCUUGAAAAGAGUGAAGCCAAGGGUGGUAAAAAGAAGGCUGUGCAAGCGAUGGCUAAGAGGGGAGCAGGGAAGGAGCAAGCGAAGAGACUGAUGGAUGAUGCAUUCGUGGAAGAUGUAUGUAAGAAGUUCUUGGAGGAAGGGAGCAGCAGCAAGACAAGCGAGGCUGACGAGAAUGCUAAAAGGAAAGGGAAGGGAAAGAGCAAGAACAAAAAGGGUAAAAAGAAGAAGAGUUGACUAGCUAGGUGAAUCAGAUGUAGUAGUGUUGAUUUUAUUGUUAAAAGAUGAUACCAAAACCAACCGAACACCAUUUUGACUCGACUAAAAAGUGAAUGCUGGUGCUCUAGACUUCGGAUAUAUCUAUUCUAUUCUAUUAAUAAAUUUAGAUUAUAAUUUUUUGAAAA